AUGCAGACCUUCGCCACCGCCAUCACCUCGUUCCUCCUCUCCGCCCUCGCCAUCCAGACCGCCAGCGCCGGAGGCAUCGUCGUCACCCCAGUCUUUGCCAACCAGGUCGUCCCCAAGGUCAGAGGCGACUGCGCCUGGGGCGUCGUCACACCACAGGGCUGCGCACCUCUCCGGAGCUGA